AUGAUACCGCUUUAUUUUAGCGUGACGGUCAGGACGGUAGCGUUUUGUCUGGUGCAGCAGCGCAACAAGACGGUCAAGGUUUCCGCCUACCGGCGUCCGGCACGAGCGUCGCCGACGGGGCAGGCGCGCAAGGCACACAUCGGCGUGAAGCGGCUCUCGGCGGAGUAUGUGUCGCCAGGCGACGUACUGGUCAAGCAGCGCAAAACCAUCGCGCAGAAUCCAGAUGUAACGCGCAACAGGCACUUCAAGAUCUACCCGGGCGAGAACGUCGGCGUAUCUUCCAAGACGACAACGCUGUUCGCACUUGCAGCGGGGCGCGUGAAGUACACGCACGACGUGUGCCGCAACGUCAAGCUCGUAAACGUGCUCCCGGAGCCGCCGGACGAGCUGCUGCGCGACGAUUUGUGGCGCUACCGCACGGAGCACGUGUCUAGCGUACAGGACAACUGCGCGCUGGUCUGGCGCCGCGUGAAGAGCGCCCACUACAUGCUAGACGCGGACAAGCUGCUCAACCCGCCGCGCAAGCCGCCGCCGAGGGCGCAGUUCCUCUCACGCAACGACCCCUGGAACAACCAGGCAUACCCCGACCUGCCCAUCAACUACAGGUUCCCGCCGAAAUGA